GGGAAUUAUUACAGGAAAACAAAUUGAUUUACAAAAAUCAUUUAUAAUCAAUACAUAUUUUAUAUGAGGAUACAUGAGACAAAGUUAAUGUCUUUAAUCCCUACUCUAGCUUUGAUCAUCACAUAAAUUUUAGAAAUGACAUAUUAAACUAGCUGCAUCCUGAUCUAUCUCAUAGAAAUAUUUAUUAUUCAGUAUUAAUUGUUACUUUUAAGAGUGCACAUGUAUGGUGUAUAUAGGGAAUAUAAGUCCUUUGUUUUAUCUUGAAAUCAGGAAUAAGAUGGAAAUGAAUGUAUUAUCAUAAUCAGAGACAUAUAAAAGCAUGUCUCUGGUAUUAUUUAUAUCAUGCACAGAUAAAAAAUCCCAAGGUACACUGUUCAUGUAGACAUGUUUACAUAUAAUGACAUAUAUAUACAGUGUAUGUGUUUUCAAUCCUUAUUAAUUAUCUCGAAGACAAUUUUAUUGCAAGUUGUCAUUUAUUGUACUAAUAUAUCAUUUUAGCAGAAAUAAAUAAGGAAUAAAUUUAUUAUUAAUAAAAAGUUAUGCCAUCUGUAUUAUUUUAAUAUUUUAGUGCCCUGUAGCAAUACCAAUUGCCAUCAUAUUAAUGAAAUACCGACUGGAAAGAAACAUGGCAGGGUCUGGGAUGUCAACACUAAGCUAGCUACAGCAAUGAUCCACACAGGCAUGAAUGCUUCACAAGUCAACAAUUUUUUAGCUGCUAUCAACAUACCACCUGUAAGCGAAAAAUUGAUAACCAAUAGAAUGAAAGAAGCCGGACUUUCAGUGGAGGAAAUCGCCAAAGAAUCUAUGCAAGAGGCAAUUUCAGAGGAGAGACUGCUUACACACGAAAAGCAUGGAGUAGAUGCUAUCACUGCUAGUGUCGAUGCAGGCUGGCAAAAGAGGGGCAGUGGUCGCUCAUAUGACAGUCUGUCUGGCCAUUGUUCUAUGAUUGGUGCAGAGACAGGUAAAGUUAUUAAUUAUGCAGUGCGUUCAAAAUCCUGCCGUGUGUGUGAAAAUGCUUCAAAGUCCAAUCUGAAACCAGGUGCCCAUGAUUGUCGAAAAAAUUUUGAGGGCAGUGCUAAAAGUAUGGAAUCAGACAUGGUGGUGUCAAUGGUUAAGGACAUGAAUGAGAAGGGAAUCAAAAUGGGCACAUUAGUUGCAGAUGAUGAUGCUGCUACUUUAUGUCGCUUGCGAGCAGAAUCCAUAGACAUUUCAAAAGAAUCUGACAAGAAUCAUGUGCGAAAAAACUUUUCAUCAGCUCUUUUCUCUUUGCAAAAACAACACAAAUCUCUCUCAGCUAAAGUAAUCAAAUAUAUCUCAAAAUGUUUCAAUUAUGCAUUAUCUCAAAACAAGGGAAACCCAGAGGGCCUUGAUAUUUCUCUAAAAGCAAUAACCAAACAUGCUUUUGGAAAUCAUGACUGCUGUAGUGGAACCUCAUGGUGUGUCUUUCAAACAAACCCAGAGAGCAGAUACAAGUCUUUGCCAUUUGGAAAACCCCUGUCAUGUGAGUCACUGAGACUGGCUUUGGAACAGCUUUUUGAAGCAUACAGGAAACAGUGCAGAAAACUGGCUUUUCUUGGUAGUACGCAGGGAAACGAAGCCUUUAAUAAAACUGUGUCUUCAAAAGCACCAAAGUCCCUGCAUUUAUCAGCCUCUGCAAAUCUCAACUACCGGGUUGCCUCAUCAGUAGCACAAAAAAAUCAGGGGCAUGAAUAUCUGCUGAAAGUACACAAGAACAUUGGCCUAUCCCCCGGUAAAUUUACCAGACAAAGAGCAAUUCUUAAUGACAUCAGAAGAGCCAAGAGAAAGGCAUUAGCUAAUACCAGAGAGGCAAGAAAAAGAAGACUUAAGCGAAAGUUGGAAAGGGGAAGCAAAUCAACCUCAGCUGAGGUUAGGGAAGGACCCACCUAUGAACCAGGUGUUGAGUUUAACGAUCUAGAAGUAGAUGAUGUGGAAGCCAUCCCUCCUCCAAAUUACCCCCCUUUAGAAUCUCCACCAGUGGGUUCUGGAAGUUAUGUGUACUUUGAUCUAGAAGCAACUGGAUUUGAGCGGGAUUCCCACAUUACUCAAAUUGCGGCUUUAGAUGAAGACAGUGAUGAAUAUUUCUGUACAUAUGUGAUUCCCCAAAAGCCCAUCAGUACACAAGCAUCCAAAGUAACGGGCCUUGCAUUGAACGGUACAACUUUGCAUCACAAUGGGAAAGCAGUUAAAGCAGUACCCAUUCAAGAAGCUCUACAAGAUCUCAUUUCCUUCCUUGGCAAUCUUCCAUCUAAGAAACCAAAGAUUCUUGUUGGACAUAAUAUAAAAUCAUAUGAUUGCCCCAUUAUUAUGAAUGCUUUGAGGAACUGCAAUAUAGAAGACAGAUUUGAAGAAGAAGUUAUUGGAUUUCUGGAUACUAUGAAACUUUUUAAACUUUCUUUCCCGUCUCAGAAAUCCUACUCUCAACAACAUUUAAGCAAAGUUUUACUGGCUGAGGACUUUACUUAUGAAGCGCACAAUGCCUUGGAAGACGUCAAAACUUUGAAAAAAAUUGCGAACUUGCCCUCUAUAUCUUCUAUCAACAAGCCUAGUUGUGAAUUUUCAGUAGAUUAUGUCACUAAAUCUAUUGAUUAUAAUUCAGUGGUCAAAAGAAAUAUGCCUAGCCUUCAAGUGCUUGUGAACCGAAAAAUCUUAACUGCUGGAAUGGCCAGAAAAAUUGCAGGUAGUGACCUGUCUUUGCGCCACUUACAGUUAGUGCACAAAAGAAAUGGCAGAGACGGUUUGUCGGCUCUCCUCUCCGAAACUGUGGCGGGGAGAGUCAGGGUGUCAAAAUCACAGAAAGUAAUUUCAUCACUUUGUGAUUAUUUUUAGUCCAAAAUAUUUGUUUACAGGGUAAUUAAAUUUAAUUUCAUUAGUAUGAAAUCAUUGAAACCCCCUAACAGUUUAAAUGUUCUUUUAUGUAUAAUGGUGUCAUCGUACUCUAGAAAUUGUUACUUAUGGAACAAUAUUUUCUCGAUCUGGCUCUUUUUGUAAAGCCAAGAAACACUUUUGUACAUUAUCUUAGAAAGCAAUGUAUUUUAUUAUUAAACAAAUUAAAAUUAUUUAUACCCAAGAAAAUCAAAAUAACCUGAUAUCAGUGGGUCUAUGAAUAAAAGUUUA